CAGCAGGCUUUCUCCCUCGCCAUGGAUUCCGCUCUGUCAAGGAUGUCUUCCGUGACCUUCCUCCCCCUUUUUGCCCUGUGUUUCGUGGCAAAUACGGCUGUGGGCUUCAUUGCUCCGUCCCUUCAUGUCGCCCCUUCGGCUGCAACGCCGCUGAAUUGGGUGCAUCAGCACUCGACCCCCCGCACCAGAUGUCGGGUGGCCGGCGAUACGGCCGGACUCCGCGAGAGAGGGAUGCGGAGAAGUGCUGGGCUGAGCAUGGAAGUGGAACCUCAUGUGCUGAGGCUACAGGCUGCGGAACUUGGGUCGAGGCUCCGGGGCACGAACGUGUUUUUCGUGGGCAUGAUGGGCACGGGGAAGUCCACGGUCGCGCGCGCCCUGGCGGACGUGAUGGGCAGGUACAUCUUCUUGGACACCGACACCAUCAUCGAGGAGCUCCUGGGGGCGAGCGUAGGCGAGGUGUUUGCCAAGGAUGGGGAGGAGGGCUUCCGGAGCGUGGAGAGCCAGGUCUUAGACCAGGUGCACUCGUACGUCAAGAUGUGCGUCGCCACGGGCGGGGGCAUCGUGUCGGAGAACAAAAACUGGGGAAAGAUGCAGACCGGCAUGGUGGUUUGGCUCGACAUGGAGCCCAAGGAUAUAUUCGAACGGUUGUCGAAAGAUCCGGAAGAAGUGGCCAAGAGGCCGCUCCUGGCGGGAGACGACCCUCAGGGAAAGCUCGAGGAGCUGCUGGAGAAAAGGAAGCCCCAGUAUGCGCAGGCCGAUGUGACCGUGCAGUUGAAACCAGAAGACGGCGUCGACGACAUCACUUACAACGUCGUCAACACCAUCCUCGAGUUCAUCGACAGCAACCCUCCCAAGUGGCAGAAGUGGAAGGAAAAGGCGAACGCGGCAGGAAUCGAAUGGGCUUGAUCCUGUCCUGUUUUGCUGAUCAUCAAAGCAAACGCUGCGCUGGUCGAGUCGCAUCAUCCUCUUGCUUGUUUUCAAGUGCCGCUGUUCCUCUUUCGUGGAUGCUACUUUGCUACUUUCCGUCAUCAGUGUUGGGCAAGCCCGACAGCGGUCAUGAUCUUCUUGAAUACUACCCGGGGCUGUAAAUGGUGAAAAUAGUUUGGAUGUGCGAUGCGGGGUGCACAUCAAACUUUGAUGACUUGUGGUUGGCCUGUGUGGUUGUAGGUGGCAUUUGAAUUACUUAUUGUACAACGUAGAGGAGUUGGAAUUUGUCGCGCUAGCCAUGCGGGCCCUGUAGAGGACAUGCUGCAGGCGCACAAGUAAUAUGUUGUCUAAAAAACGGCAACAUAAAGUG